AUGGUAUCCAAGCCUGGGCCAGGGAUCGGCGACAAGCCCAAAGUUACCCAUGACACCCCGUUCAAGCGAGGUCUUCGACACGUCCAUCGACUUCUCGUGUUCGGCACUGCGAUGUGGUACGUCGUCAUCUCCCUGAUGGCGACAGACGCCUCCCUCGUGAUUCUGAAGGACCAAGCGCACUACGACAGCGGCAUCAUCCCGCUGGUGUCUCCGUUGAUAGCCGGAUACGCCGGGACAAGCUCCAUUCGAGAGAGUCCACUCGUGAUGGAGACGCUGAAGGACUCGACCAAGCCCUUCGAGUCCGGUACACUCUUCCUCGUCUCCAGCUCCAGUACGUCGUUUGAGCAGUGUGCGAAAGUCGUCAACAGCGACGCGGUUAAUGUGUACAAGGACUCGUUCUUGCGGUGGAUCUACGACGAUCUCCAGGAGAAGACGGCGUACAACAUUUCCCUCUUCAAUGAGGUCGAGCUGGUGCUGCCAGUCGUGGACUGCGACUUUGCUGCCAUCGACGGCGGAGGAGCUGCAGUAGCCCGCGUAUACUACCUCGUGCGCUAUAAGACCGACACGGACCGCAUGCUGCUGCUCCCCACGUCGAUGUCAAUUCAAGAUUACUACAUCGCAGAGCAAUACGAACGCGGGUCAGCGCUUCUGCUAGCGUUCUCGGUCGUGGAGGACAUGCAGUCGACUCUGGUCGACCACCACUUCGCUAUAGCGCUGGACUACCCGUACGAGUACAAGCCGGACUUUGAGGUCUGCAACUUCUUCGAUCACAUGGAUACAGGCUUUUGGUCGCUUGAAACGAUCCCUCGCGACUCGUUCCUGAGACCCCCGAAGCCCAUUCUUUCAGCCCGACAACUCGGAUUCUACCUGGACAAGGAGACUUCGCAAGUCAAUCAGAUCAAUUUUCAUUGGGAUCCUCCGGACGACGCGUACUCGGCGUUGACCGACUGGAACUGGCACGGAGAUGCCAUCAUCCGAGACAACUGGGCCUGGGUGCACAUCAUCCACCUGCUAUUCGCUCUGGACGUGCUCUUUCAGUUGAGUCUUCUGCUCUUCCUUGUGUUCCGCAGUCUCCGACAAGGGCGACUCUGGAUUGGAGACGCGUUUGCCUCCAUUUCCAACGCCUUGCUCUAUCGGGGCAUUUACGUGGUUAUCUCUAACCAUGUGAACGGGUACUGGACCCUUACAGAGUUCAGUCUCGCACUUGCUAAUUCUAUUGGCGGCAACUCCACCGUCAAAUAUCGCUCCGAUAUGGCACACGCAGAUAUGCUCACGAUUUACCUGAACCUCGUGAGUAUCCUGAGCUACGUCCUACGAGAGCGGGUGGAUCCGAUCUUCGUUAUGGUUUGCUUCGAGAUCGGCUUCUACAGUCGCGAGAGUAUGGCGACCAUCCUCCCUGCUCUCCAAAAGCUGAUCGUCGACUAUUCCAACACGGAGAGUGCCUACGGUCAAGUCGAAGUAGACGACUUCUUGGCGAAUCUAUCGCCAAUGCGACUCUGGACCGUUCAUCCAAUCCAACAAAGUGUGUGGCCGCUGCUGGUCGCCACGUUCAUCAUCAUUUACUUGACGCUCAUCGUCAUUGUCGGGUACAUGAUCGUCCGCAAGUUGAUCCAAUGCCACUCGUCGGGAUUCCAAGUCGGCGACCCGGAUUCGGACAGUAAGAGCACCACCCCUCGACGCCAAAGCUCCGGACUCUUCCGUAAGAAGUCCCAGCCAAGGGAGCUGAUGCAGUUCGAGACAGCUACGGGAUCGGUGCUCAAGAACCGCUUCGGAGUGCUCGCAAGCUACGACAACUACACCAUGAUUAAUGGUCAGCGGUUCGCAUCGGGCGACGCGAUCUACUGCAACGGUUUUGUCGUGGCGAACGACAAGUUCGUGGUGGCCACGGAAGAUUUGAUGUCGCUCAUCAUCAUGAAGCUCACGCGCGCGCGCUUCACCAACAUCUAUGUGUACACCAUCAAGGACGGUACCGGCGUGAACCAGACGGCUCGGCUCGUGUACCCGUCCACGAUCUCCUGGCAUGAUCUGGCAAAGGUGAGUGUCAGCCCCCUGUCUUAA